AUGGAUCCAAAGGAGCGAGAAGAAAAGUAUCAAGAAAAUCUCCAAGGCCGUGUACUAGCGGAGUACGUAAGGAUUUCAAAUCUUCCCAUAAGGAUGAAAGCCGAAUUCAGUCUAAUGAUAAACAGGAUAAUUGACAUAGUUGGUUACCGUGAGCACUUGCACGAGGAUCCAUACCCUUUAACUUGGCCAGAGCUAGCGGAAUAG